AUGAAAAUAAAGAAGAAAGGUAAAGUCCACCCAUCUCCUCCUCUUCCAUCAUUUCCUUCUUCUUCUUCUUCAUCCAAAGGAGAUGACUGUCUCUCUGUCUUGAAGCUUCUCCCAGCUGUGAUUCUCCUUCUCGUCUCCUCUCUCUCCCCUGAAGACAAACAAGUCCUUGCUUACUUAAUCACCAGAACACUCCCCACCACCAGCAACACCGUUUCAAGAAGCUCGAAGAAGAAAUCAAGAACUCUUCAUAAACCUCCUCUUUUCGAUUGUGAAUGUUUUGAGUGCUACACAAGCUACUGGCUUCGAUGGGACUCUUCCCCUAACCGUGAGCUCAUCCACCAGAUCAUCGAAGCUUACGAAGACCAUCUAACCAAGAGCGAGAAAUCAAACGUCAGAGGAAGAAAGAAAUCACGUCGUCGCGGGGUCGUGGAGAACUUGGUUCGACCUGAAGAACCGGUUGCUAGUAAAACAACAGAACCGGUGGAGCCUGUGUUGGUGGUGGCUUCUGAUGAAGUUAAGACCCAGGAGUCACCGGAGAGGUUGGUUGGUGAAACGGAAAUGUUGAGGUUUCCGGUGGUGGCGGCGGUGACUAGGCACAAGGGUUUGGCGAGGAAGGUGUUACCGGACGUGAUGGGUUUAUUAAACUCGCGUUUUUGGAGACUUUGGAAUCCGAAUGCGUGA